AAGCCAGGCCAAGCUGGAGCCGAGUCUCAAACCCAGCCCCUCACGGGCCUCAGCCGAAUUUAGCUCGCUCAGCCGCGUCACCAAAAGAGAAUUAAGGGAAACGCUCUUCUUCUUCUCUGUCUAAAGGUCUCCUCUUUCAUGGAGACCAGCCAGACGAGUAUAGCCACCACUAAAUCAAGAACAAAAUAUUGCCAAAUUUAACACAAAUCUGCAGAUAUCAAAGCAAGUAUUUGCUAACAAACAUUCACAAUACUGUGCGUGCGGUGAGAUCUGAUUGUAAUUUAUUAAGUUUAUUUUUACUUUAGGCGAGCUUUCAAUUAAGCUCUCCGUAAUGGAGGAAGAGCAAGGAAUGCUUGUACAGAGUCUGAUCGAUACAGUUAACAUGAUAGCGUCAUUCACAGAUUACAGUGGCACGGUCAAGAAACAGUACUCUAAUUUAGCUAGAAGAUUGAAGUUGUUGAUGCCAAUGUUUGAGGAAAUUAAAGAAAGCAAAGAAGCGAUUCCCGAAGAAACUACUACAGCUUUAGUUUCGUUAAAGGAGGCUUUAGCUUCAGCUAAAGAGUUGCUCAGAUUUGGCAGCGAAGGCAGCAAGAUUUACCUGGUCCUAGAGAGGGAUGAAGUUAUGCAAAAAUUCUAUGAAGUGACAGCUCAGUUGGAACAAGCUUUAAGUGCAAUAUCCUAUGAGAAGCUUGAUAUAUCAGUUGAAGUCAAGGAACAGGUUGAGCUUGUUCUUUCUCAGUUCAGAAGAGCCAAAGGAAGGGUUGAUGCACCCGAUGUUAAGCUGUACGAGGACCUUUUGUCUCUUUACAACAAGAAAAAUGAUGCAGAGAUGGAUACAGCUGUCAUAAGGAGAUUGGCUGAAAAGCUGCAAUUGAUGGGAAUAGCUGACUUGACACAAGAAUCACUGGCUUUACAUGAGAUGGUUGCUAGCACUGGUGGAGAUCCUGGGGAGAGAAUUGAGAAGAUGUCAAUGCUAUUGAAGAAAAUUAAAGAUUUUGUGCAAACAGAUAACCCUAACUUGGAUGCUCCUUCAAGGGAAAAGAAUCUUUCCCCAAGCCAUUUUGGGAAAGCAUCUAGUGAUAGGAACCAUAAGGCCCCAAUUAUACCAGAUGAGUUCCGUUGUCCAAUAUCCCUGGAGUUAAUGAAAGAUCCUGUCAUUGUUUCAACAGGACAGACCUAUGAGCGAUCCUGCAUUGAAAAGUGGCUGGAAGCGAGGCACAGUACAUGUCCGAAGACACAGCAGACUCUGUCUAGUACUGCACUCACACCCAAUUAUGUACUCCGUAGCCUCAUAGCUCAAUGGUGCGAGGCAAAUGGCAUUGAACCACCAAAACGACCCAGCAGUUCACAACCCAGUAAAACCUCAUCUGCCUGUUCACCUGCUGAGCGUACCAAGAUUGAGAUUCUCCUUUGCAAGCUCACAUCUGGUAACCCUGAGGAGCAGCGAUCUGCUGCUGGUGAAGUCCGUCUUCUUGCCAAGCGCAAUGCAGAUAAUCGUGUCGCCAUUGCUGAAGCUGGUGUGAUCCCUCUCCUUGUAGGACUGCUUUCCACACCUGAUUCUCGCACCCAGGAACACGCUGUCACAGCUCUUCUUAACCUUUCCAUAUGUGAGGAUAACAAAGGGAGUAUUGUCUCCUCUGGGGCAGUCCCUGGUAUAGUUCAUGUAUUAAAAAAAGGGAGCAUGGAAGCACGAGAAAAUGCUGCAGCCACCCUUUUUAGCCUUUCAGUUAUUGAUGAAAACAAAGUUACUAUUGGUGGCUGUGGAGCCAUCCCGCCACUAGUGACUCUGCUAAGUGAAGGUACCCAAAGGGGGAAGAAGGAUGCUGCAACUGCUCUCUUCAAUUUGUGCAUUUACCAAGGAAACAAAGGAAAGGCUGUGAGGGCUGGAGUUGUUCCUACCCUAAUGCAUUUGCUGACAGAACCUGAAGGUGGCAUGGUGGAUGAAGCACUGGCCAUCCUAGCUAUAAUUGCUAGCCAUCCUGAAGGGAAAGCAGCUAUUGGGGCUGCUGAAGCAGUGCCAGUUCUGGUGGAGGUUAUUGGGAAUGGUUCUCCUAGAAACAAAGAGAAUGCAGCUGCAGUUUUGGUACACCUUUGUGGUGGAGACCUACAAUAUCUGGCAGAGGCUAGGGAACUUGGGGUGAGGAGUCGUCUGGUGGAUUUGGCACAGAAUGGCACAGACAGGGGCAAGCGAAAGGCUGUACAAUUGCUUGAGCGGUUGAGUAGAUUUAUUGAGCUGCCAAAGCAUGUUCAUGUGCAAACAGAAAAUCAGUCUCAGACACAAAAGCCACAGCCAUCAUCAGCGGCAAACAGUGUUGAUAGCUGAGGUUUUUCGUUUUUUAAUUUGUGCAUUGAUCCUUUUGUUUCUUUACAUGUUGUAAUGAAAGAGGCAGCUUGGCUGUGAAAGGCAAGGUGGAAGAUCACCUACCCAAUGUGUAAGUUAUUCAUUUGUUUGCAUCGACUGAGGACAAUACUUGGAAGAGAUUAAACGAUAGAGAGAUCAAAAAGGCGAAAAAGGAAAGGCAGGGAUGGAGAUCUGAUUGACAAUCAUGUAAUGUUAUUUGUAUCCAGGAUUGUAUCAUGAAUGACUGUGAUCAUCCUCAAAUUUUAGUGAAGAGAUGUUUCCUUUAAUCAAAUUAAAACUUGCAUAUGA